AUGGACGUCAAGACUGUUGAGUUUAAGCCUUUCCAGGACCAAAAGGCUGGCACCUCCGGUCUUCGCAAGAAGGUCACCACCUUCCAGCAGGCCCACUACAGCGAGUCUUUCGUUGCCAGCCUUCUCCUCUCCAUCCCCGAAGGUGUCGAGGGAUCCUUUCUCGUCAUCGGUGGUGAUGGCCGCUACUGGAACCCCGAGGUGAUCCAGCUGAUUGCCAAGAUUGGUGCCGCGUACGGCGUCAAGAAGCUCCUCAUCGGCCAAAAUGGCAUCCUGUCAACCCCGGCUGCGAGCCAUGUCAUCCGCCUUCGCAAGGCUACCGGUGGUAUCCUUCUGACUGCCAGUCACAACCCCGGCGGCCCCAAGGAAGACUUUGGCAUCAAAUACAACCUGGCCAACGGUGGCCCCGCCCCCGAGUCCGUGACGAACAAGAUCUUUGAGACUUCCAAGACUUUGACCUCCUAUAAGAUCACCUCUAUCCCCGACAUUGACAUUGUCACUAUUGGCACCCAGACCUACGGUGCUCUCGAGGUGGAGAUUAUUGACAGCACGGCCGACUACGUCGCUAUGCUCAAGGACAUUUUCGACUUUGGCACCAUCAAGAAGUUUUUCGCUUCGCACCCCGACUUCAAGGUUCUCUUUGACGGUCUUCACGGCGUCACUGGCCCUUAUGGAACCGCCAUUUUCGAAAAGGAGCUUGGUCUUACUGGCGCCACCCAGAACUGCGUGCCUAGCCCCGACUUCAACGGCGGUCACCCCGAUCCCAACCUGGUCUACGCCCACUCUCUCGUCGAAGUUGUCGACAAGCACAACAUUCCCUUUGGCGCCGCCUCGGACGGCGACGGCGACCGCAACAUGAUUUACGGUGCCAAUGCCUUUGUCUCGCCCGGCGACUCCCUCGCCAUCAUCGCUCACCACGCCAAGCUCAUUCCCUACUUCCAGAAGCACGGUGUUAACGGCCUGGCCCGCUCCAUGCCCACCUCGGGCGCUGUUGACCUCGUCGCCAAGGCGCAGGGUCUCGACUGCUACGAGGUCCCCACCGGCUGGAAGUUCUUCUGCGCCCUCUUUGACGCCAAGAAGCUGUCCAUCUGCGGCGAGGAGAGCUUCGGCACGGGCAGCGACCACAUUCGUGAAAAGGACGGUCUCUGGGCCGUUGUCGCCUGGCUCAACAUCAUUGCCGCCCUCGGUGUGCAGAACCCCGAGUCUACCCCUUCCAUCAAGCAGAUCCAAAAGGACUUUUGGACGCAAUACGGACGCACAUUCUUCACCCGCUACGACUACGAGAAUGUUGACUCCGACGGUGCCAACAAGGUUGUUGGCGAGCUGCAGGCGCUGGUGGCUAACCCCAACACUGUCGGCAGCAAGAUUGGCGAGCGCACCGUCACUGCCGCUGGCAACUUCUCCUACACCGACCUCGACGGCUCCGUCUCGUCUAACCAGGGUCUCUACGCCACCUUUUCCUCUGGCAGCCGCAUCGUCGUUCGUCUCUCCGGCACCGGCUCCUCCGGCGCGACCAUCCGUCUCUACCUCGAGCAGCACAGCAGCGACCCCGCCACAUACGACCUGGAUGCCCAGGACUUCCUCAAGGCCGAGGUCAAGUUUGCCACGGAGCUUCUCAAGUUCAAGGAGCAUGUCGGCCGCGACGAGCCUAAUGUCCGCACUUGA